AACCAGACUCUCUAAAACCCCAUCACCCGCCAUUUCCCCACUCCCUCGAGUAAAACCUUCCAAUUCCAAACCCCAAGGAUAGGGAGGGCGAGACUUGCGAAGCAAGCGAAGCGAGGCGAGAAGAAGAAGAUGAGCACGGUGGACAAGAUGCUGAUCAAAGGCAUCCGGAGCUUCGAUCCGGAGAACAAGAACGUCAUCACCUUUUUCAGGCCUCUCACCCUCAUCGUCGGCCCCAACGGCGCCGGCAAAACCACCAUCAUCGAAUGCCUGAAGCUCUCCUGCACCGGCGAGCUUCCCCCCAACUCCCGCUCCGGUCACAGCUUCAUCCACGACCCCAAGGUGGCGGGGGAGACGGAGACCAAAGGGCAGAUCAAACUUCGGUUCAAGACGGCUGCUGGGAAGGAUGUUGUGUGCAUUCGAUCCUUCCAGCUCACCCAGAAGGCCUCCAAGAUGGAGUUCAAGGCCAUCGAGAGCGUCCUCCAGACCAUCAACCCCCACACUGGAGAGAAGGUCUGCCUCAGCUACAGGUGUGCGGACAUGGAUAGGGAAAUCCCAGCUCUGAUGGGCGUGUCGAAGGCCAUCUUGGAGAAUGUCAUAUUUGUCCACCAGGAUGACUCCAAUUGGCCACUGCAGGAUUCUUCAACACUUAAAAAGAAAUUUGAUGACAUCUUCUCUGCCACUCGCUACACGAAAGCUUUAGAAGCCAUCAAAAAACUGCACAAGGAUCAAGCACAGGAAAUAAAGACUUACAAGCUGAAGCUAGAGAAUCUUCAAACUCUAAAAGAUGCUGCCUAUAAGCUUCGUGAUAAUAUUGCUCAAGAUCAAGAGAAAGCUGAGUUCUUGAAAACUCAAAUAAAGGAGCUGGAGAGGGAUAUCCAAGGUGUGGAGGGUAAGAUCCUGCAUACAGAAACUACUCUGAAGGAAUCGCGGAAGCUUCAGGAUCAGAUUUCAACCACUACUACUGCAAGAAGCACUUUAUUUAAGCUUCAGCAGACACAGUAUGCUGCUCUUGCUGAGGAAAAUGAAGAUACUGAUGAGGAAUUGAAAGAAUGGCAAACAAAAUUUGAAGAAAGGAUUGCAAUAUUAGAGACUAAAAUUAGUAAAUUAGAGAGAGAGAUGAAUGAUGAAGAGACCAAAAGUUCCUUGCUCUCACAGACAAUCAAUGAUUCUACACGUGAGAUUGGGAAACUUCAAGCUGAAGCUGAUGCUCACAUGGCCGUAAGGCAGGAGCGUGAUUCAACCAUCCAAAGUAUUUUUACAAAGCAUAAUCUUGGAUCUCUUCCUGAUGCCCCUUUCAGCAACGAGGUGGCUUUCAACCUCUCAAAUAGAAUAAAGACAAGGUUGUUUGAUCUUGAAAAGGACCUACAGGAUAAGAAGAAAUCGAAUGAUAUGGAACUCAAGCUUCUAUGGGAGCAUUAUGUUGCAUUAAAUUCUCGUUGCAGUGAAAUUGAAGGUCAGAAGCAGGCUAAGAUUGCGUCUAAGGCAGGGAUUGUAAAGCGCAUGAAAGAGAAAGAGAAUGAGCGAGAUCUUGCAGAACAUGAACUGUCAAGCCUUAAUCUGUCUCAUAUAGAUGAGCGGGAGAAAAACCUGCAAGUCGAGGUUGAGAGGAAGACACUUGCACUAGGAGAAAGAGAUUAUGAGUCAACCAUAAGCCAGAAACGAACUGAAAUAUUUAGCUUGGAGCAAAGAAUUAAAGCUCUUUAUCGUGAGAAAGAUGUCUUAGCUAGUGAUUCUGAGGAUAGAGUCAAAUUGGAUUUGAAAAAAGAAGAAAUGGAAAGCUGCAAGAGGAAAGAGAAGAAAAUAAUGGAUGAAUACAAGGACAGAAUUAGAGCUGUGCUAAAAGGGAGGGUUCCUUCUAAUAAGGAUCUCAAGAAGGAGAUUGCUCAUGCCUUAGGGUCUCUAAAGAAAGAGUAUGAUGACCUGAACUCCAAAACUCUUGAAGCAGAAAAAGAUGUGAAAUUGGUACAGAUGAAGAUACAAGAUACUAAAAGCCACCUGUCCAAGCUUCAAAAAGAUAUGGAUGCAAAGAGAAGAUUUCUUGAGUCCAAAUUUCAUUCUUUGAUACUGAUGUCUUCUGACAUUGAAUCAUUUCCUCAAGUUCUUUUAGAGGCUUUGGAGAAAAGAGAUGUACAGAAAAGCAAAUACAACAUUGCAGAUGGAAUGAGGCAGAUGUUUGAUCCAUUUGAAAGAGUUGCACGUGCACAUCAUAUAUGUCCUUGUUGUGAGCGCCCUUUCUCCCCUGAAGAAGAGGAUGAGUUUGUUAAGAAGCAAAGAGUGAAAAGUGCAAGUUCUGCAGAGCAUAUGAAAUUACUUGCCAUUGAGUCUUCAAAUGCUGAUGCACAUUUCCAGCAGUUGGACAAGCUCCGCAUGAUUUAUGAGGAAUAUAUUAAACUUGGAAAGGAAACCAUACCUUUAGCAGAAAAAAGUUUGGAAGAACUAAUGGAAGACCUCAAACAGAAAACUCAGGCAUUUGAUGAUCUUGUUGGGGUUCUGGCUCAUGUGAAGGCAGAGAAGGAUUCUGUGGAAGUUUUAGCACAGCCAGUGGAAACUGUUGAUAGACUUUUGCAGGAAAUGGAUAAUUUGAAACCGCAGAUUGAAGAAUUGGAGUACAAGCUCGAUUCUCGAGGGCAAGGUGUUAAAUCUGUUGAGGAAAUUCAGUUACAGCUGAAUGCUUUGCAGAGCAAGAGGGAUUCAUUGAACAGUGAGGUAGAGAAUCUGAGGGAAGAACAAAGAUUUCUAAGUGAUGAUUUAUCAAAUAUGCAGAUGCGGUGGCAUGCUCUUAGGGAGGAGAAGUUAAAAGCAUCAAGUAUAUUGCAUAAAGUCAAAAAAGCAGAUGAGGAUCUAGCUCUUCUAGCUGAGGAAAAAGCUCAAGUGGACUUCGAUGGGAAGCAUUUAGCAGAGGCACUUGUACCCUUACUGAAGGAGAAAGAGAAGUUACAGCAAGAGCACACAGAUUUGAAAUUGAAACUUGAGCUAGAAUAUGAUGAGCAGGCAGAAAAGAAACGGAUCUUUCAACAAGAAAUUGAGAUGCUUUUGUCACUCAAUACUCGGAUUAAAGAGUAUCUAAAUUCCAAGAAAGUAGAAAGGUUGAAGGAUUUACAAGAAAAGCACUCGUUAGCUGAAUCUCAACUGCAGAAAUGUGAAAGCAUGAAACGGGAGAUUUCAGCUGAAUUGAACAAGAGUAAAGAGCUAUUGCGUAACCAAGAUCAAUUAAAAAGGAAUAUUGAUGACAACUUGAAUUACAGAAAAACAAAGGCUGAAGUAGAUGAACUUACUCAUGAAAUUGAGUCACUAGAGGAGAAAGUUUUAUCUAUUGGAAGCAUGUCCACCAUUGAAGCAGAACUUAAGAGACAUAUGCAAGAAAAGGAGAGGCUUCUUUCGGAGCUGAAUAGAUGCCAUGGGACACUUUCAGUUUAUCAAAGUAAUAUAUCAAAAAACAAACUUGAACUCAAACAGGCACAAUACAAUGACAUAGACAAGAGAUACUUCAAUCAGCUUGUCCAACUUAAGACAACUGAAAUGGCAAAUAAGGAUCUGGAUCGCUACUACAAUGCACUUGAUAAGGCAUUAAUGCGGUUCCAUACUAUGAAAAUGGAGGAAAUAAAUAAGAUAAUCAGGGAACUAUGGCAGCAAACAUACAGAGGACAAGAUAUUGAUUACAUAAGUAUUCACUCUGAUUCUGAGGGUGCUGGGACUCGAUCAUACAGCUACAAAGUCCUAAUGCAGACUGGCGAUGCUGAGCUGGAAAUGCGGGGAAGAUGUAGUGCUGGUCAGAAGGUUCUUGCUUCACUUAUAAUACGGUUGGCGCUAGCAGAAACUUUUUGUCUGAAUUGUGGAAUCCUAGCACUGGAUGAACCGACGACCAACUUGGAUGGGCCAAAUGCAGAAAGUCUUGCUGCAGCUCUCUUAAGAAUAAUGGAAGACCGCAAGGGUCAGGAGAAUUUUCAGUUGAUAGUAAUUACUCAUGAUGAGAGAUUUGCUCAGCUGAUUGGUCAACGCCAGCAUGCCGAAAGAUAUUACCGGGUCACAAAGGAUGAACAUCAACACAGCAUCAUUGAAGCUCAAGAGAUAUUUGAUUGACAGAAUGAGACUCAAAAUUGGUGUUGAGGUUCUCUGCAUGUACAAAAUGAAUUGGUCUGGUUGCUCUGCCAACGUGUUGUCGCCUUGUAUGAGCAGCACCAAGCAAGUUGCUUUGUUCAAAUUCGUACAUGACCAGAGAAGACCAUGUAGUGAAAAUGCUUGGUGAAGUGCACCCUCUUUUGGACAAAGUAAUGAUCCCAAAUUGUAAUUUAAAUGUAUCCAAAGGCAUUUUCAGAGGGCAUUACCUGAAAUUUAAUUUUGUGAUUCUUUAUACAGACAGUCCAACCAGUCUUGCUCAUAUGUCAAUGGCUAAUUACUUUAACAGUAACAGGGUUCUCUGCUAUGAGUGGUAUGGGUUUUGUUUGGGUUUUAAUUUAGUAAGGUCUGUAACAUUGAUCAGCGUAUUUGAUCAUUGUGAUCAUAUUAAAUCAAGUUAAAUCAAUUGAGAUUAAAUCAA